AUGACGACGUUCACACACGAACCAACACGUGGCAGAACCGGUGUACCCAGUUUCAGCUCUCAAAAGUCUUCUGAUCAGUUGCACGAGUGCAACAGGAACCCCCCGACAUCCGCCCCCAAAUCUGUUAAGACCCAGAGACGAUCACUCUUCAGAGAAGAGGGGCUUGAUGAUUUGGACAACACUAUUCACCCCUCUUCGCGUUCUUUCACCAAAACAUCAACAUGGGCGGCGGGAAUAGACAAUGCCAGAGAUACCAAUUCACAGGCGGACAAAAGUAUAGAUAUAGGUGGUAAGAAACAAUGUCCCAAGUCCUCAAGUAGCGACGACGGUUAUGAACGGUAUUCGAGGGUUGUAAAGCCAACUCAGACUGUCAACUCCGCCGCUGCCAUGCCCGCAAGCUCGCUCGCAACAAUUCCGCGAGCUGCAUUAGUUGUAAUCCUAAUCGCUUUGUUCGUACCAACCUUUCGAUCCAAAAUCGGAGUGGAAGUCAACAUAAACGGUGCAGACGCAGGCGUAAUCAGGACGGCAGAAUUGGUCGAGAAUGGAAGCUCUAUUGAAGGACGAGCGAAUAGCCCUGCCAAUGUAUGUACGAGAUGGGCUCAUCAAGCGGCAAGCGUGAAUGGGACUGUGUAUAUUUAUGGUGGAAAUGCCAAAUUAAAGAGCGGCCAGACAUCAGAUACCUGGAACAACAAUUUGUUGACCCUUGAUCUCACCAAAUCAUGGAAAAUCUCAUCGCCCUCGAUAUCAGGGCUCCCUCAGCCGUCCGGGCCACCCGCCGUGGCGAUGGGCUUCCUAUGGAAUUCAUACGAGUCACUCUGGCUUUACGGUGGAUAUUUCUCCGAUGACCCUAUAACAUCUCCUCUUCGCAUGUCAACAUGGGAGUACAACAUCAAAUCAUCCAAGUGGAUAGACCAUGCGGAUCCGACAACAUCGGCAGGAAACCAUUCCGAGGGAAAUAGCCAACCAGUCCAGAGGGCUGCGGAAGGGGCUGGAUUAAGCGUUCCUGAGUUGGGAAGAAGUUGGUUUUUUGGUGGCUAUCUGGACAUGUAUACGACUCAGGGAUGGUCCAACCAAGUUGCAAGGGUGUACCUCAAGAGUUUGCUGGAGUUCACACAUCCCGGAUAUGCGAAUACAGGCGUUUCCUCCCUCGGCAGCACACAUGCAGCCGGGUCUGAUGGCGCCUAUAGAAAUAUCACCCAGGGAGGUUUACAAGAAGAAGCAGGGUUUACCGAACGGGCAGACGGUGUCUUGGUUUAUGUGCCUGGAUGGGGAGAUCAAGGCAUCUUGCUUGGUUUGGCAGGCGGAACAAAUGAAACUUUUACGGAGAUGAACAUCAUCGACGUCUAUGACAUCGCAAACAGCACUUGGUACAAGCAAUCAACGCACGGGAAGAGUCCUCCGAUCCGGGUCAAUCCUUGUGCCGUCGUGGCUGCAGCAUCAGAUGGGUCAAGUUUCAACAUCUAUCUCUAUGGUGGCCAAAACCUGAUCCCCUUCGGAAGCCAAAUCCAGUACUCAGACAUGUGGAUUCUCACAAUUCCCUCAUUCAUGUGGAUCCAGGUUGACCUAGAAGGGCAAUCACAACCACCUGCACGUGCUGGUCAUACAUGUACUAUGCGGGACGGUCAAAUGGUGGUAGUUGGCGGUUAUGUAGGGAAAGAUAUCUCCUGUGAUAGCCCUGGGGUUUAUGUCUUCAAUUGUUCUUCCCUUGAAUGGACCGAUGGUUUUAUGGCGCUGGCUUAUUCGCCAGAAUCGCCUUCGUCACCCUCAGGCCUAGGUUCAGCUUCAAGCGACAAGCAAGACUCUUUCAUUUAUCGAGGUUCAUACGGCUAUCAGGUUCCUGCACCUGUUCAAUCGAUCAUCGGAGGCUCAUCGUUUGGAGGUGCUACAGCUAGCACACCCGCUGCAGGAUCAGCAACAGCUGGACCGAUCGCAACAGGACGACCACCCACACUUACAAUAACCCAAUCUGGUUCAACGAUAAUUCAAACAGCAGGUCCUACGUCAACAGCUAGCUCCAUUUCAUCCAACACACCAUCACCACACUCAAGUUCUAGCGCAAACGUUGGAACUGUUGUAGCAGGGGUUAUUGCCGCUGCAUUGGCCAUUCUCGCCGGCUACCUAGCAUUUUGUGCUUGGUUAUACAGAAAACAAUUGAAUAUAUACAAGAACCAUGUCUCGAUAGCACAAAGAAGGUCUCUCAGUCCGAUUGGAUGGGGCGCCGGACGACUGGGAGAAAAAGCACCUGGCCCUGGCGUAAUGCUCGGUCCAUUUGGCACAGAAAUUGGCGGGAGCGGGAGUACUGGCCGGCCAUCCAGUUCUUGCCAUGGCAUAGGGUCGACGCCAUCCACUGACCAUACGACAAGCCAGAAUUAUACUAGCAGGCCUGAGAGCAUCCAACCCAGCCAUGCUAGAACGGUCCCAAUGCCCACAUAUAUCGGACACGGAUAUGGAAGACUCGGUGAGGAACAAGAUGACCAUCUUGACCCAGCCACUGCAGGUAGCUAUGGAGAUUAUGGGAGGAAUAGUCGAAGUACAGCGCACAGUUCGAUGGAGGAUCUGCUUGGUGGGCAGGAACCUAGUUUCUUUAACGUGGUGUGGAAUCCGAGGAGGACUUUGAGGGUAGUUAAUAGCGAUUAA